CAAAUGAAACUCGUGCCAACUUGUGCGGUCGAACCUGGGCGACCUUCAGUUUUGCUUGCAGCUGUGGCCGCGACACACGCUCGAGCUAAUUAUGCUGCAAAGUAUGAGGGUUUUGAAAUUCUUAUCAUAUUAUUUUGCGUGCAGGCAGGUGCAAGCGGCAUGGGCUUGCAAGGGGACCAAUUGCCUACUCUCGGCAAAACACACUGAGCUGUGCUUCUACGACUAUAUAGAACCGACAUAAUGGCAGUGCAGAUGUCCCUGUUCUCGCGAACUCGGGCGCCUACUUGCCCCGGCGCUCGGAGGGCUCGGCCGUCGGCGGUGCGCGUUCAGGCGACUCUGCUGCCUCUGCCCGCCUCCGAGACCCGCUCCACCGUAGAUAGGCUUAAGAAGCUUCGCCUUAUUACUGCUAUCAAGACGCCUUACCUUGCGAACGGCAAAUUUGACCUGCCUGCUUACGAUGCACUGGUCUCGCACCAAAUAGAGAACGGCGUGGAAGGCCUCAUCGUUGGCGGUACCACCGGCGAGGGCCAUCUCAUGUCCUGGGAUGAGCAUGUUAUGCUGAUCGCGCACACGGUGAACGCAUUCGGGGACAAAACUGCCGUCAUCGGCAACACCGGCUCCAACUCGACGCGCGAGGCCCUGCACGCGACGGAGCAGGGCUUUGCUGUCGGUAUGCACGCCUCGCUUCAGAUUAACCCUUACUAUGGCAAGACGAGCAAGGCGGGGCUGCUGAACCACUUCAACGCGGUGCUGAACGAGGGGCCCGCGGUGGUGUACAACGUGCCCGGCCGCACGGGGCAAGACAUUCCCGAUGACGUGGUCAUGGAAAUUUGCCAGCACAGCAACUUUCUGGGCAUGAAGGAGUGCACCGGCAACUCCCGGAUUAAGAACUACACCAGCAAGGGUGUCAACUGCUGGUCGGGCAACGACGACGAGUCACAUGACGCGCGCCACUCCAACGGCGCCGUGGGCGUUAUCUCCGUCACCUCCAACGUCAUCCCAGGCCUCAUGCACAAGCUGAUGCAUGGCUCGCCCGACCCGCAGCUGAACGCGGACCUGAAGGAGCUCAUGGCCUGGAUGUUCUGCGAGCCCAACCCCAUCUCACUCAACACGGCGCUGGCCAUGUGCGGCCUGGCACGGCCCGUGUUCCGGCUGCCGUACGUGCCCCUGAGCCGCGCACAGCGGGAGAAGGGCGCGGUGCUGCUGAACAAGGUGCAGGAGCACAUCCCCGGCUGCAAGAGCGUGCGCGUGAUGGAGGACCACGAGUUCAUCCUGGUCGGGCGGCACUGAGAGGGAGUGGAGCGUGGAGCUUGCGGCGUGGAGCUUGAGGCAUGGAGCACGGGGCGCGCGGAAGGGCGCAGCAGCGGCAGGAGGCGAAGCGGCGCGGCGGAGCAGGAGUGACAAUGAGGCGGCCGUAAAACGCUCUGGACCGGCGGCAGGAGCUGCAGCAGCUCCCUGCGCGCGGAACUUGAAGCGUCUAAGCCUCGUGGGGUUGCGUGACAACCCGUCAAGUCAUGGCGUAUGUGAGGCGUGUCGGGUUAAACCAUUAAGACUUGCGGGUUGUUAAGGAGGAGCGUUAUGACGCUUUCCUGGGGCGGUAUGGGGUAGCAUGUGAGGGUAGCAGGCAUAGCUGUGUCGAUCCCGGGCCGGACCUGUAGCGACGUGCGUGUAGAAGGCUCUUGUAAGGAGCCACAGCGAUACACUUCUGCGGACGUGCGUUUACGCUGCGAAAGGUGUGUUGUACUAGUGCCAUUUGCGCUGCUCUGUGGGGUUCAGCAGCGGGGACCUUUCUUAUCAACUGCUGGCCUCCAUGCAUUCGCCAGCUGCGGAAGGGAUUACUGCGUAUGGUGGUGCGGUGCGGGGAUUAUGAAUAUGGGUAAGUAAACAGGCGCAGGUGCGCUCUGGGCUGCGGCCUGCACAUCACCCAGACCCCUGGUUGGUUGGGGUGAAACGCAAUGGCUACGGUGGCAGAAUGUCGAGCUAGAGACAGCUUUCAGGUGUUGUGCGGCCCUGAUUUGUUGUUGAGGCAGGCGUGGACGCAGGGUUGGUGUGGGACCGGCCGCGCUGCAAUGACUUGCGCCUUGAAUUGCUGCCUUAGCCGGUUGUUGGCCACAGUAGUCUAGGCUGUAGUACGCAUGUAUGACCAUGAACAAGCAGGUUGUGGCAGCAGCUGAUUAGCGAGCGAGCAAUCAACUGCUGUAGGACGGAAGCCAUUGCUACAGACAGCCGGGUGUGAAGUGUGCGCAUGCAAUAGCACGUUGCCAAGAUGUCAACAUGGGUCACACACUGGCCUGUUACGCACCUACUGCCCUCUGCUGCACCCACGAGUGGGUCAAAGUCGUAGCUCUGGACGCACGUGUAUAGACGGGGGUGCGUGUAUAGACGCACCCCAUCACACACAUCAAGCUCGCGCAGCGACUGGGAUAGAUUCAGGGAUAGGCCGGUAGGGAAUGGCCUAGGAAAUGGAUCAGUGUUGCUCCCAGCCUGGUGAGCUGCCUUCAGUGGCUUGGGCUGAUAAGGAACCGCAUGGCGCAGGGCCCUGCCCUGCACGUCGUACGCACAAUCCCGUGGGACAGGUGGAGGAGGUCGACGGCACUCAGUACGUCCAUACCCCUAGGUUCGAAAGCACUUCGCUAUCCACGCUGGUUCACGCAACUGUGACCAGGUUGACGUCGCGCAUCGCAGAGUGCCUUUGGCGACCACCAAUGCUGGCGACAUGCUACCCUGCAUGCACGUGUGCACCCCGCCCAAACUUAAGUCCGCUUC